AGAAAGGGCCAGGGGUGACUCCAGCAGGCAUUCACUGCCUACAUAGUUUUUUGACACCAGCUAUUGUCUGCUGCUUGGCAGUCUCAGUUCCGGUAAUAAAUUCAUUUGUUUGUUCCUGCUGGGAGCGGAGACAGCUUCCUGCAAAAUCCUUAGGGCUGUUACAGUUUCUGUCCAGUCCUGGGGUCUCCAUGCUACCCUGAGUAAACAGUUCUUUAUGGAUCCUAUCGCGGAGUGUAGGUUUUGCAGCCUCUUAACCCUGAGCUCACUGCCCAUUCGCCAUGCAGAUUUUUACCAGUGAGUGUAAUUGGCCAUUGGAACAAUUUACCCAGGGAUUUUUUAUUUGGAUUGUGGUGGUGUCACAGACCAUGCCCCUUAGUUCCAGGUGCUGUGCAAACAGAGAGCAAAGAGACAGAACCUGCUCCGGAAAGCUCACAAGCGAAGUCAUAACACCCAGCUCUUAACAGAUCCCUCUCCAGCAGUAGAGCCCAGAGUGUUUUACUGAGGGCUCUGGAUGAAAAGGAAUUAGUAUGCACAGUGCAUAAUUAAUCUGUGGAACACCCUGCUGCAGGAUAUGGUUAAGGUCAGUACUUUAGGAGAUUUUAAAGGAUUAUCCAUAUAAACAUCUGACAACACUCCCCCAUCAUUAGAGGGAUGCCCUUUUAAAUAAAGCGUACUGUGAGCUGCAGGCCUGGCUUCCCUGCUCAUGAAAGGAUCAAUGCCACCCCAGCCUGAUGGGCCGGACACACCUGGGCUGGGUCCAUCUCUCCUGAAAGGGGUCAGUUGUCCUGUGCCAGCUGCAACUCCUCGCCUCCCCCCCCCCAUGCUCCCAGGCAUGAGCUAACCACUAACUGGCAGGGAGCCAGGAAGAAACUUUCCUGGGGGCAGGUGAGCCUGUCUUGGGGUCUUCCUCCUUCUUUCGAAGCAGCCAGCGUUGGAGAGACGGGAUACUGGGCCAUUAAUCCAGUGAUUUAGUGGGCCAGAAAUACACCCUAAUCUCUCUCUUGUAAGUGGGGAAGGGAAAUGACCUUUGGGUAGAACAGCCUGCACUGAGCUGGGCCACAGGAGAGCUGAGUUCUGUUCAGCUGGGCACCUCCCCUCUCUGUGCCUGUUCCCCUCUAGCCUCCCUAUUUCCAUCAGGGCUCUUCCCUCUGUACAGCACCGAGCACAGCAGGGCCCUGAACCCACAACCAGGGCCCCUAGGAGCUACCGCAACCCAGAACACCUAACCUGGCUUUGAAAGUGCCACCCAGACAGUAAUGCGUUGAGCCUGGCAGCCCGAAGUAUCACCCCGGUUUGCAGCCCAGGGGGUUAAUUCCCUGUUUGGUUUUUGGGAGGGUGUCUGGGAGAAGGGAAGAGAAAACAAAUCCUCGAGGCGUGCUGUCUCUUUAAGAGGGAAGUGGCGCCCCACCCUGCCGAGCCUGGAAAUCUUCCUCGUACACCAUCCAGUUCAGUCGCUCCGAGGGCCGGGCCAGGCAGUAUGGGAGGCGCGGUGGGGCCAGAGGGGAGCCCCGGCUGGUGGCCUCCCGGGACCUAGCCAAGGGGCGAGCUAGCUCAGCAAAGGCCCCCGGACUGCAUGGGGGGGCUACAGGAGCAGCUGCCCCUUCGUACCCAAAGAAGGACCCAAGUAAAUUCCGCCCAGCCCCGUGUGAUCGCCUAGGAGCUGCCGGGUGCGCCCCUUCGCCCUGCCCGCUGCAGCCCCCCGCGUUUAAGCUGGACCAGCCCCCUGGACGGCUUGUGGGCUCGGUGUGGGAACCGCAAUGGGGUUGGCAGCGCCCUGGAGCUGCUGAAGGGGAAACUGGCGUGUGCGCCCCGGGCCCCAGCCGCUGGAGAUGAAGUGGGGAAGCGUUUACAUGCCAGUACCUGUUCCUUUCUCCCACGUCGCAUUGGCAUGCUGGUCCCACUGGAUCGGCACUCCAGGAGAUAAAGGUGCCUUGAAAACCGGGCAAAGGGGAGGGAUUGUUCCGGCCAGCUCCCGGCCAAUAGAAGAUCCCUGCCUGCAGCACCUGAUGUAAGAAACCCCCCCGACUUAUCGUAGUGCUUUUCUCCAGAGACCGCAAAGCGCUUUGCAAAGUGAAGACGUGGCCCGAGUGAUGGAGAAGCCAUCCCUUUCUUUCUGGCGUAGCGUCUUCCCACGUGACUGAGCGGCGGGGACACAGAACGCCGUCGGCAGCAUUUUCCAUCGCGAGCAUCCGGGUAUUGACCUGGCUUCCUUGAGGACUGUCCGGGGCUGGCAUGGAAGGGACGGCUGCCCCCUGCAGUGCUGUGCACAGCUUCGCAUCCAUCACCUGAGGGGCAGCGCCUCUUGCUCUGUGAACAAACAUGUGAAGAGAAGACCAUGCGCCCACUAGCUGGGAUGUGCAUAGCUUUGUGCGUGGUGAUCGUGGGACUGGCAGACGGGGCCGACCCAUGUCUUGUCACUGCUGACAAAAAAGUUGCCACGUGCAAAGGUCAGAACCUGAACCGCGUUCCCCAGCACCUUCCCUGCACCCUGCUCAGACUGGAUCUCUCAUAUAACAGGCUCAAAGAGAUCGCCGCAGGGGACUUCUCAGCGUUGACCCAGCUGCAGAGCUUGGACCUGGGCUACAACAACAUCUCGCACAUCUCGGCAGAUGCCUUCGCCUCCAACGUCCUGCUGGAGGAACUCAGCCUGUUCAACAACUCCCUGCGCCGGAUCCCCUCGCCGGCCCUGAAGCCUCUGAGGAAACUGAGGCGGCUGGAGAUGUCCAACAACUUGUACCUCCGCUCAACUCUGGACGAGGCCUUCAGCACUCUGAGGAACCUGCAGGAGUUCUCCAUGGGCGGGUCUCUGAUCCAGACGGUCGGCAAAUGGGACUUCCUCCCGCUGAAGAAUAUAGCCUUGCAGAAGUUUGCCCUGAAGACAGCGUCCAGCCUAUUGGAGUAUCAAAACGGGGCAUUCUCGGUGCUCAACACCACAGCCCUGUGGUGUGACAUAGCCCUGGACAAGAAUCCCAAGGCCUUACCCAUGAUUCUGCGGGACCUGAGGGGUAAGCCGUUGCAGUACCUCCGCUUCCGCAACCUCUUUGAGUUCACCUACUACACUGAGCCCGCAGAUCUCUUCUCCGGUUUGGCCGAGGUGCAAGCCAGCAAACUGGUCUUCUACCGGGGGAAGUUCAACGAGAACCUGCUACGUCUGGCCCUGCUGAACAUCCAGAAGUCCCGCAUCCGCGACCUCUCCCUGAUGUCCAUUGACUUCGCCCGCUCUUCCCAGUGGAACCGCUCGGAAACGGGCAUCACCAACCUGACCCUGGACAGCUUGUUACUGCAGGACAUCAGCAACCCUGACAUCCUGCGUUUCGACUGGACCUUCACCUGGUUCAGCGGCGUGGCCAACCUCUCCAUUCUCAACGUCAACUUCAACUUCGUGCCCUGCGACACCUGGGACGAGAUGCGCAACGUGGUGACCCUGGACGUCUCCAACAACCGGCUGAAGGACGCCUACAUCUACAACCAGGGCUGCAACUACCAGGACAUCCUGCCCAAACUGGAGCGGUUCCUCAUGGCCAAAAAUGAGCUCACCAGCCUGGGCAUAGUGGCUAAGCUCACGGCCAAUUGGCCUCGCCUGACCCAUAUCAACGCCAGCCACAACCACAUUGGGGGCCUGAAGGAGACGGCAUGCCAGUGGAAUCCCGGCCUGGUCUGGCUGGCCCUGGACCACAACACUGUUACCAUGGAGAUCUUCAAGUGCCUGCCCAUCACCCUUCACUACCUGGACCUCUCCUACUCCGAGCUGGACCGGCUGGAGAUGAGCUACUUUGUCCGCUGCCAAGACCUCCAGGAGCUGAAGCUUAGUGGGAACAAGAUCAAGUUCAUUCCCUCAGAGUGGAGAUGCCCCAGCCUGCGAAUACUGGCCAUGGACGGCAACUCCUUUGGUGUCAUCAGCGAGGGCUCCUUCGUCAACAUGCCAGAGCUGACCAGCCUCAAGGCCGGGAACAACCCCUACCACUGCACCUGCGACCUCUACGGCUUCCUGCAGGAGACUCGGAGGAAGGGUAAGCUAACCCUGCUGGACUGGCCCGAGGGCUGGACGUGCUACCACCCGGAGUCCCUGCUGGACAUGGGCGUGGCUGCCUACACCCCGGGGCUGACGGAGUGCGACGUGAGGGUGGUGGUGGCCAUCUCUGUCUCCGUCACGGCCACUGUGAUCAUUGCAACCAUGGUGCUGUGCUGGAAGUUCGACGUGCUGUGGUAUCUGCAAGCCACCUACCGCAUCAUCCGGUCGAAGUACCGCGCCCGCCACGCUCAGCCCGCUCGGGCCUAUGCCUACCACGCCUUCAUCUCCUACAGCUGCUCAGACGCCGAUUGGGUGAGGCAGGAGCUGCUCCAGCGGCUGGAGAGCUCCAGCCCCCCGUACCGCAUCUGCAUCCACGAGAGGGACUUCACGCCGGGCAAGUGGAUCAUCGACAACAUCAUCGAGAACAUCGAGAGCAGCUACAAGGUCAUCUUCAUCCUCUCCCGCAGCUUCGUCGACAGCGAGUGGUGCAACUACGAGCUCUACUUCGCCCACCAGCGGGCCGUCGGGCUGGGCUACGAGGACGUCAUCCUCGUGGUGAAAGAGGCCAUCGAUCCCCAAAGCCUGCCCAACAAGUUCUGUAAGCUCCGGAAGAUGCUGAGCACCAAAACCUACCUGGAAUGGCCUUCGGAGCCCAGCCGGCAGCCUUUCUUCUGGAUACAGCUCAGGAACGUGCUGGGGAAACCGGGAGCAGCCGAGCCCGGCCACGAUCGGGUCUCGCUGGCCAGCGUGGAGUUGGGCUCAGGUGAGGUGGUGAGCAGUCCGGCUGAAGAGGAAACUGCCAUCGACGCUGUGGCUAGCCCUGUGAGUUAGCGCUCGCUUGGACUCCAGCUCCACGCUGCCUCUGCUCCUGAUUUACACGCCUCGCACAGUGCAUUGUGCGUUCACACGCCAACGUCCUGCUUUGCGGAUGUGGUGGGAAGGACGUUGCUCCAGGUCUUGGCCAGCUCUCCAGUAUUCCAUUCCCUACGGACUGUGAGCAAACACAGGGGACGGCAUGAAUGGCUACUAAACUCCAGACCCAGAUUUUUUUGGAAGGGAGCAAUGAUCUUAUUGGGCCAACUUGAGACCUCUCUUAAAGGGGCCUCCUUGUUAGAGAGUGCCGAGCACCUGGCCUCUGAACGUUGGAGGCUACCUAAUGCGUUGUAUUUACCCACUAGCCAUUGGGAGACCUAUGCUCUUGGACUGGGAGUAAGGAGCCACCCCCCAUUCCAGGUCCAACUCUGAGAAUGUAGCCAACCUACGUGUCCACUGUUUGAUCCCACCACCUCUUGUUUCUCCUGAAGGUUUAACCAGCGACAGUAUUGCCAGGCAAGUCGUAAUGGAAGGCUACAACUUUGCUAGGGCUCGUGCACUUUAGUGUCUGAGUGACAUUCAUCUCUUUGCAGCAUAAGCCGCUUACGUCCCAGCUGUUACCCGCUCGAGGACUCAUAGACUCAUAGACUUUAAGGUCAGAAGGGACCAUUAUGAUCGUCUAGUCUGACCUCCUGCACAACGCAGGCACUGAAUCUCACCCACUCACUCCUGUAACAAACCCCUAACCUAUGUCUGAGCUAUUGAAGUCCUCAAAUCGUGGUUUAAAGACCUCAAGGUGCAGAGAAUCCUGCAGCAAGUGACCCGUGCCCCACGCUGCCAAUCUGCCCUGGAGGAAAAUUCCUUCCCGACCCCAAAUAUGGCGAUCAGUUAAACCUUGAGCAUGUGGGCAAGACUCACCAGCCAGACACCCAGGAAAGAAUUCUCUGUAGUAACUCAGAUCCCACCCCAUCUGACAUCCCAUCAUAGGCCAUUGGGCAUAUUCACCGCUAAUAAUCAAAGAUCAAUUCAUUGCCAAAAUGAGGCUAUCCCAUCAUACCAUCCCCUCCAUAAACUUAUCAAGCUUGGUCUUGAAGCCAGAUACGUCUUUUGCCCCCACUGCUCCCCUUGGGAAGUUGUUCCAGAACUUCACUCCUCUGAUGGUUAGAAACCUUCGUCUAAGUUCAAGCCUAAACUUCCUAAUGUCAGUGCUGCAUGCAGUCUGCGCUGACCCUUUGCCAGAGCGAGCGGCACCCUCUGCGUAGGAGACGUUGACUGAAGUUUCUACACUCCAGUUGUCUAGAACUAUGGCUGUCGGGAUCAGUCAGCCCUAACCUGAGCGCUCUGCACUUCUGAUCACUGAAAGUGACCGAGAUAGGCGCCUUUAUCUGCUCCAGGUAUGCCUCUGCCAAAAAUCUGCCUCUUUUACUGACCUCCAACUCUCAGCUGCAUUGGUUACGGCACACCGAGCUGGAGUCUCAUACCGUGAACAUAACUGCCAGCAGAGUUCCGGUGGCAAAAUCUUCCAUCUCCCCAGCGAUGUGGCUGGAUAGAUGAUCCCUAGUGGGGAGGGGAAGGGAGAAUUUGUGCUUGAAACUGCAAACUGAGCCCGUCCGAGCGGGAUUCGUGGAGCCAGAGAGGGGAAGAACGUAUUUGUUUUGUUUAUUUUAGGGCUGUCCAUUUUAAUCGCAGUUAACGCACGCGAUUAACUCCCCAAAAUUAAUCGUGAUUCAAAAAAUUAAUCGCAGGUUUAAUCGCCCUGUUAAACAAUGGAACACCGAUUGAAAUGUAUUCAAUAUUUUGGAUUUGUCUACAUUUUAAAAUAUAUUGAUUUCAAUUACAACACAGAAUACAAAAUGUACAGUGCUCACUUUAUAUUAUUUUUAUUACAAAUCUCCAAAACCAAUUAUAUAAAUAGUAUUCUAGUAUUGUUUACCAGCGCGAUUAAUCGCGAUUAAUUUUUUAAUUGCUUGACAUCCCUAGUUUAUGUAAUGGAUUUAUGCCGCCCUUUUAACCACAAGGGCCCGUCGGAGGUGACUUGUUUCAUUUUGGCCCACUGAGUCGACGCUGCGGGACUAAUCUUUGCCCUUUGGGGAUCUUUGCCACGGGGCCAAGUAGUCUUCUGUGAGCCUCGCCGCCUUUGCAUCGCGACUCGUGGAAAGCAGAGGAUCCCAGUCCCCAACAGGCCUGCCCCUCUGAAAUGUGGGGCAGAGGGCCCAGCCAAAUGGGGCUGCUGGCAGUUCUUGUCUGGGUUGCCCAUGCACUUAGCAUUCACUGGGAAUAGAGCUGGGAAGUCCGUUCUGAUCCCGUGGUGGGAGGCAGGGGUAUCUCUUCCAAGUUACGCUCAGACAUCUGAAAUCGAGGUUCUAUCUUUUUUCUCCCUCAUUGACUUCAUUAGGGGUUGGCCUCCCUACAAGAAGCUGUGCUGUCUAAAACAGGGAAGCCCGACUCCAGAGUUCUGUUGGUGGGUCUGAUCCUCUCUGGGUGCUUCUGUUUCCCCAUUUUUACAGAUUUUUGGGGGAGCGAGGGGGGGGACGGAAUAACUACUUGUGAGAACAAAUGUAUAUAAGGUGCUAAUAUUUCGAACCAGCUGUCCCCCCGUUCAGACUGGCUCUGACUUCAAAUACUUUCUCCCCUUCUCCUGCUUGAAUGGACCUUCUUUAAAAAUGAAGUCGUUGUGGGUUUUUGUGGUUGUGUUUUUUCAAUGUAAAGGUCUCAAAAGGACGCCGGGGCUUGGAGCAUGGCUCCGCGCCUCCGUUGUCUGUGCAAACCAACGUAGGCACCGGCCUUCGAAGUGACGUACAGCAUGUUGCUGACUUUUUAUAUUUAAUAAAAGAGUGGUGUCUUUUCCUAA